AUAUGCAGGAUAGGUGUCAAACGUGCAAAUUUUGAUUUGUUUUGCUGGUAUUUUUUUUUUUACGAAAUCGUGUUAAAAUAUAUCGUUUUAGCAAUGUUUAUCACCAAUAUUUUAUUGAAAAAGGCGAAGAGCAAGAAUAUUCUCGUGCUGAUGGAAAGUGCCGUCAGUGGACAUCAGUUUACGAAGAUUCGCGAGCGUUUGGCUGAUAAACUGGAGCUGAUUCGCUUCGAUCCGUACAUACAACGCAACAGCCUCUACAAAGAACGCAGACGUGUCAGAAGCUUAAAUUAGAAUUUUUUCGAUUAAUUAGGUUUAACUGAAUAAAAAUGUUUCAGUAGGUUAA